AUGAAGGUUUUUGAGGGUGUCCUGGAAGCUCGUCUGAAUAAGAUUGUCAGCGUCUCACUCAACCAGUGCGGCAUUGUGAAGGACUACAGCACUAUAAAUGCUAUCCAUACUAUCCGUAUCCUCCUACAGAAACAUCGAGAGAAGAACCGCGGUGUGCAUCUUGCUUUUUUCGAUCUCGAGAAAGCUUUCGACCGUGUCCCACAUGAGCUGUUAUGGAUGUCCAUGAGCUCGCAUAGGGUACCAGAAAAGCAUGUGCGGUGGGCAAAGCUGCUUUAUGCGAAGCCCACCAGCGUUGUCCGAUGUGCUGCUGGAACAAGCAGGCCAUUCCCUGUAGAAGUAGGGGUUCACCAGGGUACACCCCUCUCACCCCCUGUUGUUCAUACUGUGCAUGGACACGAUAACGAAGGGAAUCCAGAAGCGGCAUCCGUGGAUCCUACUCUUUGCCGCCGAUGUCAUGCUCGCAUCGGAGUCUCGAGGUGA